GGGGGACAAACGCGCCGUGACAUACGCCGGGGACGCGGAGCGGAGCGUUUGUGCGAACGAUCGUGGAUCAGAGAGCCGUUGGAGUUGGUUGGUUCGCGGCUCACCAGUUGGAAUCCGGGAGUGCCGCUGAAGGAGGCUGAGGAAGGCGGAGGCGCCGCUCACGACUCGCAAAGAGGGAUCAAGCGAUUAACGCGGAAAAGGCGAGCGGAGUUGCCGGGGAGAGAGAGAGAGAGAAAGAGAGAGAGAGAGAGGAGCAGUAACAGGUGGAACAGUUUCAAAGUAACCGGACACGAUGGAUCAAGGCUUCCCGGGGCAGCACACCACCACGACCACCGUGACGACCACCACCACGACGACUCAGCCGAAUAUACGGUUCGAUCCGUCAUACGUGAGGACGUUGCCGGGCAUGCUGAAGGUCGUACAAGUGGUGCUAAAUCUCCUGGGAUUUAUAUGCAUAACGACGUCGACUCUUAGCAGCCACAGCCGGGGAGGAUGGUUCAAUACCGUGGCCAUGGGCGGCUUCUGGUUCACGGGGAUCCUGCUCGUCCUCUAUCUGUUCCACAUUGUGGAAAAGUUUGCCAGGAUCCCUUGGAUUAAAAUCGAAUUCGUAUUCUGCACCAUAUGGACCAUUUUCUAUCUGUUGGCCGCUUCCCUCGCAGCCGACUAUGCGCGUGCCUCGGAGGCUUUCGGUGUUGCUGCGUUCUUUGGAUUUUGCGCAAUGGUGGUGUACGGCUACGAUGCUUGGCUGAAGUUUAAAGCGGCGAAGAGCGGAGCAUUGGCGCAGGGCCAGAGCACGCCGAAACAAACGUCCGCUGUCACCAGUCCGGCGUAUUAGAUAUUCAGGAGAGAAGGCCCACGACAGAAUGGACCACAUCGAUCGAUUGAUCGACACAUAUCGUUACCUUUGUGCGGGGCCAGUCCUUUUUGUAAUUCCGGCGCGUUUCUCUCGCACGUUCCUCUCACAUGUGGAACGUCAAUGCGGCACGCACGAUGCGCGUGCAUAGCGCGCGCUUGUGCGUGCGUGUACGCUCGUUUACCCACGCACGUACACUACGACUUUCUUUCCGUCACAUUUUUAUUUUGUACUCAGUAACAAGGCAAUAAUCUACACUAACGCCGUAGCGUUAACUUGUACCCUAACAAGAAAAAGAGGGCGACGCGGCCGCAUGCGCGCUUUACUCCGCCGAACAACGAUAUUGUUAAUAUUUUGUAAUAAUGUUUGCCGCGUCUUUGCUUUCGGUCGACUGUUAUUUAUGCGAUGAUGUAUGUGUACAUAUAUAUAUCUAUAUAUACGCAUAACAAGUCUGUAAUGUUGUUAAAUCCAUAUCUUAAAUUAUUGUUGGAAGAGACGCUUAAAGAGCAUCGUAGUAGUAGUAGUAAAUGAUGCUCGAGCGCAUUUAUCUACCGCAAUAUCGAGUGCUGUUGCGAGUGUUAGAUCUAUUUUAAACUUCUGGGUUCUUGUUCGCAACCGGACCGGUCAAUUUUAUCUUCAGCAAUUGUUUUCUACGUUUCUGCUAGUGAGAUUUUUUCCAGUUUCUAUCCAAGAAUAUUUAUUAAAGAAUUCAAAUUUUACGAGAAAUAAUUAAAUAUGAAGUAAACUUAAUUAAGAGCGUUAUUUCUAUUCAAAAUGACCAUCCGAUGAGAGUGCGUUUGGCCGUUUGCAAACAAGGACAGAGCAUGCAAAAAAAUUAAGAUGCUGAGAGUUUUUCCUCUUUAUCGUCGUACGUAGUCUUUGUAAACUGUCGUUUAGAAUUCUUAGAUUGUUCGAUAUUGCAAGCCCCUGAUACAUAGAGAGAUCAAGGUGUGCAGCUACGACUAUAUGCAAAUUGUACAGGGCGAAUAGAUAAUGAAAAGAUAACAUAGCAUCAUCACGUAUACACAUACAAAUAAUAAAUGUAUUAUUUGACUCGCGACGAACAUAUCUGCCACAUUCGUCAUCAGAUCAUCAUAUCGCGUUACUCGUUACGCGAAAUAUCGCGAGAUUUUCUCUAUAUCACAAACGAGAAUACUUUGUUACAAUAUACCGAAUGAUAUACCGAAGAGUAAUGCACUAUACUCUCUGUUGCGACUCGCGACUAAGCUGUAUAUAUUUAUUAAUUUCGUUCUCGAAUCUAUACAAGUACAACAUCGAUAUGUACACAACACGGUAUACACUUAUAUCAAUGUCUAGUUAAAAGUCUGACGAGAGAUCUGACGUGGAUAUUACUAUGCAUAAUAAUGAUUGGCGAAAUAAAGUCUCAACGUCGAUGAAUAUAAUCAACAAAAUAAAUCAUUGAUUGUUGUUUCUUAGACAUGAACUUUGGAUCGCUCGCGAUCCCUUUACAAUGCGGGACGGACGGAUUUUGCCAAGAUUUCCGUAAAAUAUUGCGGAAUUUUCACGAAUAAGAAGAUCUACAAAUUGUAUCGAAUUCUAUUUAUAAUUUAAGUAUUUCAGUGUAUGUGUGCAUUUUAAUGUAUAUUUUAUAUAUAUACAUUAAAAUAUAAUAUAUUGCAUUCUGA